AGACAUGGUGUAAUAUCUACUGGAAAUCCUUGUCCCAUAUGUAGAGACGAAUAUCUUGUAUUGGGUCAUAGAAACGUCAAGCUACUUGAACAAUUUAUUAACAAAUACAAUGGAGAUGUCCUAAGUUACUCACAAACAGGUAUCUGUCAAAAGAGACACAAACAACUCUUAGUUGCAAUAAGCAGAGCCAAGGAUUAUGGAACUAUUACGUUUGAUGUCCCUAUAAGACAUUAUAAUUAUUCUGAGUGGAACAAAUAAUUAAUUAUUUUUAUAUAUACUUCUCUAUCAAAUAUGAAUAAGUCCAAGAAAUAUAUGGAAAAGAAAAUAGAAUCCACCUUUGUCAUAGUGGGAGGUGGUAUAGCUGGAGUAUCUUGUGCUGAAGGAUUAAGCUUUCUUGCUCCAGAAGAAAAUAUAAUUCUAAUUACUGCUAGUCCUCUCAUAAAGGCCGUGACAAAUAUAAUUCCACUAGGCAAAACAUUAAUGCAUUUUGAUGUAGAAGAGAAAAGCGCAACAACAUUAGACAAGAAAUAUAAAAUGUUACAAGUUAUUCAUGAUACUGUAAUCAAGAUCGAUACUAUUGGAAAAUUAGUAGAAAUUAGCAACGGAGAGAUUAUAAGUUUCAAAAUUUUGUGCCUUUGUACUGGCGCAAAACCGAAAUUGAUAGCAGAAAAUAAUGAUCUUAUUGUAGGUAUUCGUGAUACAGAAUCUGUACUACAGUUUUCUCAAAAGCUUAAAAAUGCCAAAAGAAUCAUAAUUGUUGGUAAUGGAGGAAUUGCUACUGAAAUUGUAUACGAGAUUAAAGGCGUAGAAAUAAUCUGGGUAAUUAAAGAUAAACACAUUUCUGCAACAUUUGUGGAUCCUGGAGCCGCCGAAUUCUUCUUAAACAAAAUUUAUUCCAAAUCCGAUACAUCAGAUAACAAAAACAUGCCAAGCAAAAGAAUGAGGUAUGUAGUGUCAGAUACUACAUCAGUUAAAAACGGAGCUGCUCUUGGUCCAGAUUGGCACAACAGUUUUGACAUUAGUGGUACAUGUUUUACAUCUAAAAAUGUACAUGUCGAGUAUGAAUGUGAAAUAUCGAAAUUACUUACUUCCGAUGAACAAAAGCAUCUUAAUUCUACAGAAAAAUGGCCAAUUUAUGCACAAUUAACAAAUGGUAAAAUUAUCGGGUGUGAUCUUAUUAUCUCGGCAACAGGUGUUAUUCCAAAUUCCGACAUAUGUGGAUUAGAAAAUCUCAAAAAAGGAGAGGACACUGGAUUAUUAGUAGAUUGGAAGUUAGAAACUUCAGAAAAGAACAUCUAUGCUGCUGGAGACGUGUGUACCGCAGAUUGGUCAAAAGCGAAACAUUGGUUUCAGAUGAGAUUAUGGACACAGGCUCAUCAAAUGGGUCGUUACGCCGCAAAGUCAAUGGUUUCGAAUUUAAGAAACGAAGAAUUCUUACAAGAUUUCUGCUUUGAACUCUUCACUCAUGUGACUAAAUUUUUUACUUACAAAGUUAUCUUACUUGGUUUGUAUAAUGGACAAACUUUGGGAAAGAAUUAUGAGAUACUUUUGCGAACUACUAAAGAUCAAGAAUAUGUUAAAAUUAUUCUACAAGAUGGCAAAAUGCAGGGCGCGGUUCUCAUUGGAGAAACAGAUUUGGAGGAAAUGUGUGAAAACUUGAUUCUUAAUCAGUUGGACUUAAGCAUGUAUGGAGAAGAUUUGUUAAAUCCUAAUAUCGAUAUUGAAGAUUAUUUUGAUUAAAGUGCAUUAAAUUAAUAUGUGUAUCUCUUUUACUUCAGUUUUACCGAACUUAUUGUAAUAAAACUUGAU